UUAUUGGUCUGAAAAUAUAAUAUAGAAAACUACGAUUAAAUGCGCAAAAAUAAUAUAUCAUUAAUUAAAAAAUUUAUUCACUAUUAUCUAAAACCAUAGAUUAUAUUCAAAAAGAUUUUUGUCAUUACAUUUACAACAUUACAAUUAAUUAAUAUCUCGAUAUUUAACCAUCACUUGUAUUAUAAUAAUAAUAAGAUAAAAAUGUCUGAAAAUAUUGAAGAUAUGGUCAAUCGGUUCAAUGAUAUGACCCUUGAAGUGGUGCCAAAACCUAAGCGACCAAAAGGCAAACGAAAUUCUUAUCAAUUCUUUAAAAUCAAUUAUUUUGCGACAAAUAAAAGUAAAGAUGGACUCAAGUUAUCUCUCAAACAGAAGACCCAAUUGGCAAACAAACGAUGGAAGGAAGUGUCGGUAAAAGAAAAAGAAAAGUACGAUAAAAUGGCUAAAGAAGAUGUCAUUCGACACAACAAAGAGAUGAAUGUCUAUGAAAAUGAUAAACAAGUCUUUGAUAAAUAUGUUGAGGACAUCCAUGACAGAGGACUUCUCAAAAAUUUAGAUGAUAUGGAAAAUCUAUUCAAAGUCUUAGAAUAUAAUCGCAAUCAUCGGGAAUCACGCAAACCUGUGAUCUCAAAGAAAGUGAUAAAUAAGAGUGCGAUCCCUAAAAGGCCAACACAAGUGGCAGUACCACGAGCUGCACACCUGCCUCAGCAAAACAAGGCGGCGCCGGCACCACAAGUGCUUUCUGAAAAUCAAAGCUUUAAUAGUACUAUGGAUGAGAUUAGAAGAUCGGAUCAAAAAGAUAAAACUGUUGAUGAAUAUGAUGAAGAAGAAGAUACCGAAGAAGAUACCGAAGAAGAUACCGAAGAAGAUGCCGAAGAAGAUGCCGAAGAAGAUGAUAAUGACGAGGAUGAAGAAGAAAAUGAAAAAGAAGAGAGUGAUGGAGAAGAGGAAGAAUCUGUAGACGAGGAAAGUGUUUGCAGUAAUGAUGACAACAAUAAAAAUGAUGAAUUGUCUGCCUUUAUCUCGGAAUCAGAGGAGGAACAGGACUUUCGGCAAAAAGCAAAGAUCACUAAAAAUGUUAAAAAUAGUAAAAAGACACUCAAAAAGUGAUUUAAUAAUUUUAUUUUAAUUGCUUUUUAAAAAUAAAUUU